AUGAAGCCAAACGCACCGAAGCUUCUGGUAACGCGGGGACUGAAGAUGAUCAACGACGCUCAAGGCAAAAUGAACUUUCCCUUUGAUAACCGUGCCGACUGCCCUCGUAACUGGGCCAUUUCCCCGGACAUGGACCCCCAUCGGGUAAUGCAAGUGAAGACGGGAUUAACCAGUCCCGCAAAAGCCAGCUUAGAGGCGCAAAACUUUGGCGAUGCCCGAAUCACGUAUCCAGAAGGUGGCCAAGUGGCCCGUCCGUAUUGCUCAGGCAGCGCCAGUUGGAGCCAAGACAUGGAGACGAGAUGCUGGCGCAGGCAUUGGCUUCGGCUGUGGCAACACCCAAAGCCAUCGACGUCUGAGGUCGCUAUUUUAUUGAAACGGUGGCUUGCUCUCGCUGGCUCGUUUCUGGCGGACCGUGUCGCAGAGAGACAAUGUCGAGUCGCAGAUCCGUUUCAUGAAUUGAGUCCGGGAUUCAUCGAGGGGGUGCCAAAGGUGAUGUGUUGCGAUAAGGAAAGAGUGUUGGAGAUUGGAAUAGACUCUUGGAGAGUAAUGUUUGAUGGACGGCAGUGGGCAUGUGGCAGGGGAACCCGUGGUCCUCCUUCAUCUUCUCCACGCUGCGUCUGUCUUUUUUGCCAGAUUAAAAUUGAUGCAUUGACGACAGCGCAGUUAGUGCUUGGCUUAGGUCGCAUCAGGAAGUCCAGAUCGCGAGGUGGUGCUCGCUUCCUCACUUUCAUGGAUGUCGCCAGCCGUCUGAUCUCAAAGCUUCAUCAGGUAAUCUAUGAUGGAUCAUGCUGGUCAAUAUCACCCCCUUCAAACCCCUUCUUCGCGAUAACCCAGAACACCGCAUUCUUGCAUCACCACCCAUUCAUGCCCCCACCAUCCCGCCCUUCCAUGCGCUUCCAGCCGGAAUCCCAAAAUCUGGAAGCUGCAAACCUGGCAGACGGCUUGUGCAACGCCAGCAGCAUCGCGGCAGCGCAUCGGACCUCAGCUCGCAAUGACCAUCAAGCAGUUGUACGGCGGUGGCGCCCUGUAUUCCGCCCGUGUGAGAACAAGAGAGUCGUAUCUGCACCUAACCACUUCCUUUGGUUGGAAGUGGAAAACUGGCUUAUAGUUGCAUUUUGGCGACGCCACAUCUGCCUCUAUCAUGCUUUCGGUCUCGUGAUGCUGAACAAGGUAGCAAACUGCUGUGCCUUCCUCUCACAUAUCUCAAAGGCUAUCAACUUAGAAUUGCCAGUGCGCCCUCGCCGUAUGUGCGGCACACGCGACGUUCAAGACACUCAAAACCCAGAACUCCAGACUAUUUCCUAA